CAGAAAAUGGCGACGGUGUCACGGUGAGAUAAUGAACGUUUGCUAUGAAACGAAGAUAUGCUCUAAUAAAGCUCGAUUCAUAACAUUGUAAACUAUUGCUUUGCCAGUAUUGUUUGCGUAAUUUUUAAAGUCUCAACGGGACGUUUUGUGAUCGCAAUCCGGAGGUAUAAAUAUCAUGCAACAUAGAACUGCGAAUGUAACUACACAUCCAACAACUGAAACGACUCUGAAACACUAUUGAAAACAUGUUGAUUAAAGAGGAGAAUGAAGACUUUGGUUAUCUUGAACCACGUGAAAUGAAAAGUGAAGAUACAGCUGAACGAAUAGUUUUAGAUACCAUAGAAGUAAAAGAGGAAGAGGAAGAACUAAAUGAAGAGGAGCAACAUCAGCAUCACAUAUCUCAAGAUAUCACCAUUGAAAAACCAUCAUUUAGUUCCUCACAGACUAACAAUGAAUUAUUAAUAAAAUUGUUAGGAGCCAACAAUUUUUUAACCUGCACUGAGUGUGGAAAAUGUUUUAUACAUAAAGCAAAACUUCAAGUGCACAUGAGACUUCACACUGGAGAGAAGCCUUUUACAUGCAAAGAUUGUGGUAAACGUUUCCAUUGUCAAGCAUACCUAAGAAAGCACAUGAAAAAUCAUGCUGCAGUGAAACCUUUCACCUGCCCUCAGUGCGGAAAAGGUUUCACCGAGAGAAGAUACGUUGAAAAUCACAUGACCAUUCACACCGGGGAGAAGCCUUUCUCGUGCACCCUGUGCGACAAGAGUUUCACACGUAAAGCAACCCUGAAGAUGCACAUGAGAGUUCACACUGGAGAGAAGCCUUUCAAAUGCCAUCAGUGUAACGAGAGUUUCGCACAGAGAUGUACUUUAAAUGUGCACAUGAUGAUUCACACUGGAAAGAAGCCUUUGACUUGUGACCAGUGCGGGAGGAGAUUUACACGUACAACUAACUUGAAUAUGCACAUGAUGAUUCACACUGGAAAGAAGCCCUUCACAUGCCAUAUGUGUGGUAAGAGCUUUAUACGUAAAGAAAGACUUAAAUCGCACAUGAGGAUUCAUACAGGAGAGAAGCCUUAUACAUGCAAUCAGUGUGGAAAGACCUUCUCGUGUUCAAAACAUCACAAAAGUCAUCACUGCUCUCUUUCUGGUAUAAAGUCACUAACAUGUGAUCCGUGUAGCAGAAGUUUUACUUCUGCAUCAGCCCUAAGAAUGCACCUGAAAAGUCAUGCAGAUAAGAAGGCUUACUUGUGUUCUCCCAAGGGAAAGAGUAACAAGAACCAGAAAGAUCGUAUAGUUGUAAAAACUCAUGUCUGCUCGUAUUGUGGAAAAGGUUUUGCUCAGUUGGGAUACCUGAAAACACACGAGAGAACCCAUACUGGAGAGAAGCCAUAUCAAUGCAACUCAUGUGGGAAGCGUUUCAACAAAUCACAUUGUCUGAAGACGCAUAGAAUGAAUCAUUGCCCAAAGAUAAUGCAGUUUGAAAACAAAAAGUAAUUUGUAGUGUAAUCAGUACAUAGUGUGUAGCAAAUGUUAUGAAAUGCAUAUAGUUUUUACUUGUGUUGCCAUUUCAGAUAUCAAGAAUUAUUCUUUUUACUAGUUAAAAUGCCAUGGUCAGUAUUAAGAAUGUGCAUUGGCCUUAAUUACUAAAUUAUCAUUUCUGAAGUAAGUGAAUUACCAUUUUUUUUAAUUAAUAAUUGUACUAGUUUCGAUUGCAUUGCUGAUACCUUAAAUUCGUAUUUUAAUUAGUAAAAUUUGAAAUCACAAAACAAAAUAUAUUACCAAAAACAUUUUUAUUCUUCCCAACAAGCCACACAGCUUGAGAUAUUAUUUAUGUCCCUACAUCAUUGCUGGGUUGUUUUCAAGCUAUGGUUGGGUUGGGUUGUAAAGGGAUUAACCCAACCAUUG